AGAGGGACACACUCCUCACACUCGCUCCGAUCACACUGCUGCUCGUCGCUUCCACUCCAGACUGGGAAGGAGGGAUGAGCUGUGUCAGCUGGGGUCCGGUGUGUGUGACAGAAAGCCGUGAGCAGACAGUGCGUGCUGAGUGCCGGUGAGCGGCGGGACGUUCAACAUGAGCGUGUAGCGCGGUUCGCCCUGCACUCGCUCACUGUAGCCCGAUGACGGCUAAUCCGAUUAUCUAGCAGGGCAGCAGACGCCUCGGCUCUGGAGACAGAAGUAGCGCGCAGCGGACCGAAGUGCUGGAGAUUCAGCGACAUUCAGCUGCCACAGCCAUGAACCCCCACACCAUCACCCUGCUGCUUCUUACAGUCUUCUCAACGCUGCCCUCUUCGUGCCCGUCUCAGUUCCCAACCUCGCUCAUGAUAAAGGAAUGGGUGGAUCAGAUGCAGCAGGAACUGGUCACUCUGGCAGACACGGGCAGCGCGGGAAGGAGUCUAGCACAGAUCUUUAUGGAAAAUCAGCAUUACUACACUGUGGAACCCAACAAUGCAGCAAAGCUGGUGGAAAAUGCAGCACGGAAUAUAGAGAAUUUCCUUAAAAAGCGUGCAAAAGCUCUGGAGGCUCUGGCAGCUGCUGCAGAAACCUCCCAGAUGGAGCAUCAAUGGAAGGAUGAGUUUGCAGACGAUGAGAUAGUCUAUUACAAUGCCAAGGACAAUCUUGAAGCUAACGAAACAGAUGGAAGAAUAAACCGGAUCAGACCAGAAUUUAAAGAAGACCUCUCAUUUAAAAAUCGCCUCAUCUCUUACAACCAUACAGCUGUGCACAUCCCUACGGACAUAUAUGACGGCUCCACCAUUGUGCUGAAUGAGCUGAACUGGACAGAAGCCUUGGAGGAUGUGUUUAAGAAGAACAGGGAGGAAGACCCCACUCUACUCUGGCAGGUGUUCGGCAGCGCUACAGGACUGGCCCGCUAUUACCCUGCUUCUCCUUGGAAAGAUGCCCGGAAAACACCAAGUAAAAUCGACCUGUAUGACGUCCGUCGCCGACCCUGGUAUGUACAGGGUGCUGCCUCGCCUAAGGACAUGCUGAUUCUGGUGGAUGCGAGCGGCAGCGUGUCUGGAUUAACUCUUAAACUCAUUCGAACAUCCGUCAGCGAGAUGCUGGAGACACUUUCUGAUGAUGACUAUGUCAAUGUGGUGAACUUUAACACAAGAGUGAACAAUACAGCGUGUUUUGACCAUCUGGUCCAGGCCAACGUGCGCAAUAAGAAGAUCCUGAAAGACGCCGUGCAGAACAUCACAGCUAAGGGCAUUACCAACUACACAAAGGGGUUUGAAUUUGCCUUCAAACAGCUCUCAGAUACAAACGUGACCAGAGCUAACUGUAACAAAAUCAUUAUGCUGUUUACUGACGGUGGAGAGGAGAGAGCCCAGGAGAUCUUCGCCAGAUACAACCCUGACAAGAAGGUUCGGAUUUUCACUUUCUCUGUUGGCCAGCACAACUACGACACUGGACCUAUACAGUGGAUGGCCUGUGCCAAUAAAGGUUACUUCUAUGAAAUCCCUUCUAUAGGAGCCAUCCGCAUAAACACACAGGAGUAUCUGGAUGUCCUGGGCAGACCCAUGGUCCUGGCUGAUGCCAAGCAAGUGCAAUGGACCAAUGUUUACCUGGAUGCACUGGAGCUGGGUUUGGUCAUUACAGGCACGCUGCCCGUCUUCAACAAGACAAAAUCCAAAGAGGAUGGUUCCCGCAACCAGCACCAGAACCAGCUAAUUCUGGGUGUGAUGGGUGUGGAUGUGUCUCUGGACGACAUUAAAAGACUAACACCACGCUUUACUAUUGGUCCUAAUGGUUAUUAUUUUGCAAUUGACCCCAAUGGCUAUGUGCUGCUCCACCCAAACCUCCAGCCAAAGAAUCCCAAAUUCCAGGAACCUGUUACUCUGGACUUCCUGGAUGCUGAACUGGAAAAUGACAUUAAAGUCCAGAUAAGAACAAAGAUGAUUGAUCGGGUUCCUGGUGAGAAGACGAUUGAAACAUUGGUCAAAUCUCAGGACGAGAGAUACAUUGAUCGAGGAGUGAGGACUUACACUUGGGCACCGGUUAAUGGCACAGACUACAGCUUGGCCUUGGUUUUGCCCGAGUACAACAUGCACUACAUUGAGGCAAACCUAGUGGACCUAAAACAAGCCAUGUGGCAAAAGGUCUCUGAGACUAUGCAAGUGGAGAAAUUUGAGGAGUUUGGCUACACCUUUAUUGCGCCCAGGGAAUUUUGCCAGGACCUGAAAUUCUCUAUGAACAACACCCAGUUCCUCAUAGAUUUCAACGAGUACAUUGACAAGAGAACACCCAGCGACCCCAUGUGUAACGUGACUCUAGUCAACAGGCUGUUGCUGGAUGCUGGGCUUACAGCCGAACUGGUCAAACUCUGGAGGGAGCAGCCCAUAGAAGGAGUGUUAGCCAGGUUUGUGGCUACUGAUGGUGGCAUCACACGGGUUUACCCGAAAAGUUCUGGAGAGGAGUGGAGUGAAAAUGCUGAAACCUUUGAUUCCAGCUUUUACAAGAGGAGUUUAGACAAUGACAUAUACAUCUUUACUGCCCCCUAUGUCAACAAGAGCAGAGAGUCCAGCUAUGAGUCUGGUAUUCUGGUCAGUAAAGCCGUGGAACUGGACUUCAAAGGAGUUAAACUCAAACCGGCUGUGGUGGGAGUCAAACUCAAUGUGUCUGCCUGGAUGAACAGCUUCAUGAACGCCACCAUGAAGAUAAACUGCAAGGAUGAGAUCUGCGGCUGCCUCAGGAAUGAUAAGCACGUGGACUGUGUGAUACUGGAUGACGGGGGCUUCCUGCUCAUGUCCAAUCAGGACGAGUAUAUCACACAGAUAGGACAGUUUUUCGGUGAGGUGGACCCUAUACUGAUGAUCAGUCUGGUGAACACAUCGCUCUACUCCUUUAAUAAAACCUACGACUAUCAGUCAGUGUGUGACCCUGAGAGGGAAAGCAAGGCUGCUGCUGGGCCCCGAUCCGUCUACGUGCCUACCAUAGCGGAUAUGCUGAGUCUUGGCUGGUGGGCCUCCACUGCUGCCUGGUCAGUGCUACAGCACUUCCUCCUCACUCUCACUUACCCAAGUUUUCUAGAGGCAGCCUACUCAGAGGAGGACCUCUCAGAUGCAUAUUCCAAAGAGAGCUGCAUAACAGAGCAGACUCAGUAUUUCUUUGAGAAUGAUAACAGGUCAUUUCAAGGUGUGCUGGACUGUGGAAACUGUUCAAGAAUGUAUCGUGCAGAGAAGCUCCCCAGCACUAACCUGGUGUUUCUGAUCACUGAUGCUAAGAGCACCUGCCUCUCCUGCGACACCAAACCUCUGAGGCAGGCUGAGCAGCCCUCUACUGGACCAGACCCAUGCAUGCUGGCCCACAAUCCACGCUACAGGAAAGGCCCAGAUGUCUGUUUCGACAACAACGCUGAUGAGGAUGCGUCUGACUGCGGUGGCGGCUGCAGUUUGACUCCCUCUCUCCUACACGUGCUGGCCCUUCAGCUACUGCUGCUCUGGCUGCUUAGUGGACCCAGAGGCUGCUCAUCCUGACAAGUCCUGGCUGACUGACCACCACACAACAACAGAUUGACCAUUACCACAGUUAACCAGCACAUAGACAACUGGAUUCUUCACACAUGACCAGCUGCUAUAGCACCAUCUUAGACCAGUGUGCAACUACAGACCGACCGCAAUUAUAAACGAACAGCAACACAGACACGAAAGACAGCGUCACUUACUCAGACUUGGUCAUCUUUAGAAGUACACAAGUACACAUACACAAAGACAAAGGUGCAAAGUGUGACACUCACAUCCCAACACACUAUAUGCAUAUCUAGUGCCAGAGGCAAGCAGUAGAGCAUCUGCAGAGAGAGGGACCCUCUCAGAGGCCUGCCUCAUCCCAGCCAGGACACAGAAAGAGAGAGAGAGAGGCUGUUCUAGUGGAGAGAUCAGAGUUAACUGGGUCAGCAUCAUAUUCAGACACGAGUGGAUUCCACCCAGGCACUUCAGGUCCUCUGGAUGAAGAGAAAAAGACUAUUAUUCUACUAAAAGAGCUUGUCUUUUUUGAAUUUUCGUCCUUUAAUUUCCCUUUGAAUUCACUGGAAAAAAUGAAUGCUGGGACUCUCAUACUGCCAUGCUUAAAGAGAGAGGAGGAUGCUCCCAGCAAAUGUAGCAGUGUGUUUCUUUUUUUGUGGUGUUUUUCUGUUUGCCUGUUAUUGCUGCACUUGUUUGAAGCUUGCAGAGGGUUUGAUCCUUAAUCUGAAUGUCUGACCUGGUCACACAGAUUUGAAUGAAGUGGUGUGAAGUGGCACAUCACAAACUGACUGUGUGGGCAGUUUUUGUAUGUAACCCAGUUGCGCAUAAACUGAGCCAUUCAAAUGAAAAUCAUUUGAAAAGGAUUCAGAGAACCUUUAGUGUAGGGCUUUUAUUCUGGCACAAGUCAAACAAAUCUAUGACUCCCCUGGCUAAAUUGAAUGUGCUGCAUAUUUUUUUUGUCCAGUCUCCUGGCCCGAGCUACUGGACCAUUGUGUGUUUUAUUGUCUGUCAUCCAGAUACUUGAUCUACUAGAAUUGGUUCCAACAUGAGUUUACCGUGAUAUCAUAUGGAUGUCCAUCUGAAUUGCUUCCUUUGUGUGAAGCACAGAUACAUGCCAAACUCUGAACAAUGUCCGGUUUCUCAUGUCCAUUAUCCAGAAAGACACUUCUUUGGCCAAACCUACAGAUCGCUGAAGAAACUCCCACUGCGUUUUCUCAUGUAUUUAUUCAUUUAUUUAUUUCAUCAUUCAUUUAUUUAUUAAAAUAAGAUUUAAACAGAUUAAAAUGAGACGAUUCAACAACAAUCAUCAAAGCUCUCAGUUGCAGUCCCCCUAAUUUAAAGCAAGCGUAAUGUCUGACUGUGUGAAAGCCCUGCCAGUUCUAACUGUAGAAAAUAAUAUUGCCAGCGGCAGCAUUAAAUUGAGUUAUUACAACCUUUCCUACUGUGUCCACAAAUACAAGCACAUGACUUCACUGAACUCCUCUAAUGGAGCUUUUGCCAUUUUUAUUUGGAUUAGACACAUUUGUCGAGGCUGUGGUUUUGUCACACUAAUAAUGUUAAACAAUGCUGAAUGUUGCAGGUGAAAAGUUCACGUGUCAAAGUGAUUGCCAAAUGCGUGUGAAAUAUGGCAUAUUGAAAUAUACUUUUUCGUGAAUCUGUAGCAUAGUAGAAGGGCGUAUGUGGGCGGGUGGAGACGCUGCAAACUUGGACAAGUUCGUCAGACUGUUUCCCAUGAGCAAACUCACUCUUGAAUGCGUCUACUGUAUCAUGUAGCAUCAUAUAUGCAUUGCUCUUGUGAAUCUCCAAAAGCUUUUUUGGAGGCUUUGUAGGUCUAGAUUUCUCACCUCAGGCCUGUGGAAGAUGUCAUAGCAUGUUUGUAUUUAAACGCCUCGCUUUGAGAGGAUGCGUGGUCUGACAUGAGCCACGGAGAACAGUGCGUAUACCCCUUGGUGCCCGGUCCAAACUCUAUGUAUAUAGGCUACCCUGAUGAAAAAGUGUAUGGACACUGCAUUGUUUGUCUUUCACUAUGUGUGCAGUACCAACACUACAUCCUAUGUUGUGUCCAAAAAAGCAAAUGAUCACAAUUCCGUGAUAUCUAUUAUAAAGCUUGAACUGAAAUUUUGGCAGUGCCUAUAUGAUUUCUCAUGUUAACUUGGAAGUAAAUGCUCAUCGCGGGAUUUCAUUACAUGUUUUCAUGUUGUACCAUUAAAGAAAAGUUUUAUUGUUCCAUUUGGAGACACUACACAAUGUUAGGGCAGGUUACGAAAGCGUAAUUUCUCUUUGUGAUAAAUGUCACAUUUAGAGAGGAGAAAAAAAGAAUAUCAGCAUAUCUAGGGAUUCCUGGGUUCCCAUAACAGGAUUCCACUUCACAUAAGAGGAAAUGAUAAAGCUUUUUUGGCUGUGUUCCUGCUGUUACAGAGUACAUCCACAAUUCACUACAGCUCACAAUGAAAGGUACUGUGUAACACUGUGAACUUGCAUGUAUUACUAAAUGUGUCUAUCCAAAAGCACCUGAGCCCCCUUAUGUAAAGUGGGAUCAGUAGAUGUUUUUUUGUUUUGUUUUGUUUGUGUGUGUGUGUGUGUGUGUGUGUUUCUGAAUGCUGCUGUCGGCUGCUGCGCUGUCCUGUUGGGCUGCUGUGUGUCCGUGCUUCGGAACGUACCACUGGUGCUGAUGAUGCUCGAUGUGCCAGGAGGGUUCUCUCGGAUCAUGCUUUAUUUCUAGAGUGUUUAUUGAAGUUGCUCUUAAUCUGCGUUUGCUGGUGUGGGGGCGUGGCCUGUGCAUCUGUAGCCCCGCCUAUCUUUCAGGUUGCGCUCUACAACAGUUUACUCUUUUGUGAACUCGACAAGCCUGAAAACGAUUUUGUAUACAUUUGUACAAUGUUAUUAAAGAAGACAAUGGAAAAAAAAAACAAAAAAAUAAUGUUUGUAAUGAAAUUCAAAUGUGUUCAUUCUUGUGCAAAUAUAAUAUAUUCACAAUAAAAGUUUAUUGUUAUUAAA